AUGCCAUUGCCGCUCCCAUACUUUGGCGCGUUCGAAGACGCUGUUCGUGGCACGACAAGAGUCACGUCGUCGUCGUCAUCGUACAAUCACCACAACCAUAACCGUCUCUCGCCCGUGUCGUCGCCGGCCAUGACUGGCGAGCCCUGGUCAGAGUCCGUCUCCGCCUCGAGUGGUGGCAGAAGUGGAGGUCCGCGAUCGCAGCGAGAUGACUCGCUUACUACGAGUCGACAGUGCCUUGAUAAGGAAUUAAAAGGAGACCCGCAUCCGAAGGAAGUGCCCGUGACGUCAGAAGAUGUGAUCCGCCUCGUGGAUGUUGUGCUGUCGCCCGAUUUCGUUGACCGGUUGGCCGCAGAGCAGUCGCGUUGGCAGUUUUGGGUCGACAUUCGUGAAAUGUACAUUGCGCUGCUGAGCCGUCAGCAUCCGCCCGGAUCUGCUGGUUCACGAGCAGAACGGAAUUCUGUUGGCACAGGCGGCAGCGCGACGAACUCGCGCAAGUGGAGCAGCGUGCAGCUGUGGGAGAUCUGGAAAGAGCUCACGUUUGCGUACACCAAGACGUGCUUUGAGUUUAUAACUGCUGGUAUGAACAAGAGUGAGCAAAUCUGCAUAUCGCUUCUGCUUGCUGAGGGUCACGUUGAUUGA